AUGGGAGGUACGUCAUACCUGAUGAAUCACAAUCCCAAGGACUUCGAGGCCGUGUUCCUGAACGAAGGAGUGUGGCCGCAUCGGCCUGGCAGCGAUACUCUUCGCUAUCAUCGGAAGACUCAUAGAAAGGAUUUCUUCCAGGGAGUGGAGGGAGCGUUACCCACACAAGGAAAAACCUGGAGCGACUUUCGAUCGGCUGUAAAUCCUGUCCUAAUGCAGCCGAAGAACGUGCGGCUUUACUAUAAGAAGAUGUCCCAAGUGAACCAGGAGUUUGUGCAACGUAUUAAAGCACUCCGUGAUAUCGAUACCCAGGAAGCUCCAGAUGAUUUCUUAAACGUUAUAAAUCGGUGGACCCUCGAGUCAGUCUCUGUGGUGGCUCUGGACAAGCAGUUGCGACUGCUCAAAGAGUCGGUCGAUAACGACCAGGCUGUGUUACUUUUCAAGUACCUGGACAAUUUUUUUGAAUUAACAGCCGAUCUGGAGAUGAAGCCCUCCAUCUGGCGUUACGUUAAAACACCCAAGCUAAUGAAGCUAAUGAAGUCCCUAGAUGGCGUUCAAGAAAUAACUUCAGCGUAUGUAGACGAAGCUAUAGAGCGUCUAGAGAAAGAGGCCAAGGAGGGUGUUGUCCGCCCUGAGAGCGAGCAGAGUGUACUGGAAAAGCUGCUCAAGAUCGACAAAAAGGUGGCGACGGUUAUGGCCAUGGACAUGCUAAUGGCCGGAGUGGAUACCACCUCAAGUACCUUUACAGCGGCCUUGCUGUGCCUUGCCAAGAAUCCGGAGAAGCAGGCCGUACUCCGAGAAGAGGUGAUGAAGGUUCUACCCGAGAAGGACUCCGAAUUCACUGAGGCAUCGAUGAAGAACGUUCCCUAUCCACGUGCCUGCAUCAAAGAGUCACAACGGAUCUAUCCUUUGGUCAUCGGCAAUGGCCGAUUUCUCAAUCGGGACAGCGUUUUGAGCGGAUACCAAGUGCCAGCUGGUACCUGUGUGUCGAUGGUUCCCCUGAGCUUGCUAUCAAGCGAGGAGCACUUCCCCAAGGCUGCUGAGUUCCUGCCAGAACGUUGGAUUCGUAACGCCACAGACUCCAACGGGCAAUGCCCGGCAAAUGACUUGAAGCUGAAGAAUCCGUUUGUGUUCUUGCCCUUCGGAUUUGGACCCCGGAUGUGCUCCAUCAAGGGAGAGAUCCUUGAGAUGACUGGCGAGCAUGUGGAGCAGCUCAAUUCAAUGUGGUCCCUCAUGUUCGAGCCGAAGACAUGCGAGGACUUUCUGCACAAACUCAAGGCGCACGCGGAUAAUUUCUAUACGCAUCUGCUGACCGAGUCGCGGGAGAAGCAGGCGGCCAUCCUGGAUGACAUAGCCGCACUCCGAGCCGAGGCCAGCGACCUCACCCGACUCCUCUAUGAGACGGUGGACAUUGGUCAGAGGCCCGACGAUGUGCCACUGAUCAUAUGGCAGCUGAAGCUGGACAAAAGCAUUGAGCAUCUGCGCGAGGAGCUCUCGAAACGUCGGGCGGAGAUCGGGGAGCUGCUGCUCCAGCAGGAGCAGCUCUGCGAAGAGCUGGGCGCACUGCCGUUCCCUCUACUGGCGGACCCGCUGCCCCUGCCCGAUGAGAUGGACGGCUUUCGCGACCAUCUCGACAACCUGCGCUCUCAGCGCGCAGUGCGCCAGACGGAGCUGGACCAGCUGCGCAAGGCCAUAAAGCAUGACAUGAAGAUGCUCGAGCUGAUGCCCCAGACCGAUGCAGAGGAUCGCCUACUGAACGAUCUGAGCCACAAUCUAACACCAGAGACACUAGAGCGGCUGCGGCAGAUGCGCAACAGUUAUGCCGAGCAGAUCCAGGAGCUGCGCUCCAAAAUCCAUGACAUGCGCGAGAAGAUCUACGUGCUGUGGGAUCGCCUCCAGGAGACGGACGAGAGCGCCAUGCGACGAGCGCGCGAGUGCACCGAGAAUACGCAGCGCACCUAUGACAUCCUCCAUUCGGAGCUGCAGCGCCGCCAGGCACUGCGCAGCCAGAACCUCAAGACGUUCAUCGAGCAGCUGCGCGUCGAGAUAAGCAAGUGGUGGGAUCUAACGCUCAAGAGCCAGCAGGAGCGCAAGCGUUUCUCCAACUACUACAAUAAGUAUUACAACGAAGACCUGUUGGAGCUGCACGAGCUGGAGCUGGAUGAUCUGAAGAGCUUCUACAAGUGCAACAAGGAGAUUUUCGAUCUGUACGAGAGCCGUGCAGAACUUUGGUCCCGCAUGCAGGCUCUAGAGGCAAAGGCCAACGAGCCGAAUCGUUUCAACAAUCGUGGCAGCCAGUUCCUUAAAGAGGAAAAGGAGGAAAAGGCCAUCACCUCGAAGCUGCCCAAGAUUGAGCAGCAGAUCACUGAACUGGUGCACGCCUAUGAGGUGCAAUCGCAUGGCCCGUUUCUGGUUUAUGGCGAGAACAUACUGGAGCUGAUGGCUGGCGAAUGGGAGAACUAUCGGCAGGCCAAGCAGAGCUCGGCCCGCAAGAAGGCCCCGCCCACCACGAGGACGGGCAGCAGCAGCAAAUUGAUGAUGCCACCGCCGACUGCCGGUUCAACGGCCCCUCGCACGCCCCGAACUUUGAAGAACAUGUCCUCAAUGUCGACCUCGACAAUGUCGUUGCGCAAGACCACGACAAUCCAGCUGAUCACUCCCAAUAUGACCAAGAGCACUGGGAAUCUGCACAAGCGACUGAAUCCAUCAGCAGCCGCCAGCUCUUCGGGGUAUCGGACUCCCAACGCCAAGCGCAGCCUCAUGAGCUCUCUGAAUUCGAUUCGCCCGUCGCCGUCUACCGCACAGCGGCUGGCCAACAGCCAGCUGAAGGCCCAGCUGAAGGCGUCCAAGUCGCCACUAAAGCGGGUCCGCGUCCUGGACAACAUAUUGCGUCGCAGCGGGGGAUUGGGCAGACGCAGCAUUGGCACACGCUCGAACAAAAAGCCACGCACAAAAUCAGCGGUGCCGGAUACAAGAUCGCCCAGCGAUUCCGAGUAUAUGACCGAUGAGACCACUGAAAAUGACCGCGGAGCCGGGAUCUCCUAUGAAGAAUUGGUGCCCACGAGUCGCUCCUCAGUGCUGCCCGUCGGCGGGGCUCAGCAUCAGCGCAAUCGCGUGGCUGUGCCACGAAUUCGCCAUGUCCUCGUAAACCACAAUUCGGUGGCGUCGGCCGCCAACACACCGUCAAAGCAGGCGGUCAAUCAGGAGGAGAGGCCUCGAUUUGGCAAUCAAUUGAAGCUCCCAUCGCCACGUGAAAGUCGCAUGUGGCCGAAUCAAGGUAUAACAUAG